AUGCGGUCAAGCAUCGCCUGCGCGCGCUGCCGCCGAAGUAAAAUCAAGUGCGUUAACUCCGGGAUCGACACUACCUGUCGCGCCUGCGAGUCUUCCGGUCGAGAAUGUGUUUAUCCGACGCCUGCUAUCGGCGUCGGCGGUGCCAAACGAGAUCUUGCCGCCCUCGCCGAUGGCGAGGACCGCAAUGGCGAUUGGGACAGCCCCAAGCGCCAGCGCUCCCGCAAGGCCGUCGGGCCCUCGUCCGCGGCCAAGGAUGCUUCCAGGGCCUCUCUCGAUGCCCUGGACUCGUCCAUCUUGACCCUCAAGGUCUGGGAGGCUGUCCUCGAUCUUUUCCAGUCGCACUAUGCGACUCUUCUCCCCUUCCUCCAUCCCGCGUCUUUCAUGAGCCAGAUUAGGCAGCUUUCUGGGAGCCAGUCUUCACCAUCGGCGCCUACAAAUGCAUCCAUCUCUAAUCCCCAAGACCCUCCUCGAGAUCAGGCGCCGAAGCCGUCGGCGCCUCCUGACCCGCUGAUCCCUCUCGGCGUUCUCGCUCUUACUGCCCGUUUCCACCCUCAACUCGUCGCCUACCAUUCACCCGCCUCACCAGGGCACCCAACAAAUCCGCUCGCUGCUUCGGAGUUCUAUGCGACGGCGCUGCGCAGCCGACUAGCCGGCGUAGAUGGUGCCAGUCUCGCCGUGCCCGACCUUACCCGGGUCCAGGCGCUGCUCAUGCUCGCCUUGCAUGAAUGGGGCAUGUGCCGCGGCAAAAGUGCCUGGCUGUAUGUUGGAAUGGCCAUUCGCCUGUCCCAAGCCAUGGGGCUGCCGUUUGAGCUGGAAAACGACGUGGUCUCUCGUGACGUACCGCGCUCGCCAGCCCUGAAAAUGGAAGCCGAUAUGUUCGGCCUGCCGCGCCGCCCCGAACAAAAGGAGCAGACAUCAGACGAGGUGAUCUCGCAAGAGACGAAGCGUCGUACUUUCUGGGCGUGUUUCAUCCUUGACCGCUCUCUGAGCAGCGGUAAGUACCGGCCGCGAAUGAUUCGGGUCAAGGAGCUGGGCAUUCAGCUGCCUAGUGACAAUGCCUUUGCGUUUGGAGAGCGAGUGCGGACAUCACGCUUGAGCGACCCGGUCGGCCGACGUCCUCAAAGCUUCAGCUCCCAAGGCGUCCAGAUUCCCGGUAUCCGUCAGAGCAUUGGCGGGUUUGGUGACGAGAAAUUGAUCCCCAAUGGCUCGGAUAACCGCCCAUGGUCACCUGUGUCGAGAAGAAAAGACUCUGCUGACGAUGAGAUUGAUCGGUGGGAAAUCGGCGCUGAAGAGUCGGUUUUGAGCCGCGCCGUUCGUAUCAUCCGAGUGUGGGGAAGUAUCGCCAAGUGGUCGUGUGCUGGCGGCCGACGAAACGAACAAUUACCUCCGUGGCAUCCUGAUUCACGCUUCUCCCGGCUACGAACAUCACUCGCAGAAUUCCGCGAUGCCCUUUCUCGUAAUCUGCAGUACUCUCCCCGCAAUACCGAUACCCAUAUCAACAUGUACAAGAACACUCUUCCCCCGUACACCAUCAUGCACCUCGCCUAUUUCCUUUCCGUCAUCAUCCUUCACCGGUCGUAUAUGCCUUUCCUUCCUGUGCGCUGUACAGAACCUAUUGGGCCACUCGACGAGCCAGUGGACAAGACUGGCAUGCCAGAAGGGUUCUGGCGUGAUAGUGCGCGCGAACUCUUCGCCGCCGCUCGGCAGCUGAUGGACUUAGUUGUUACCUGCCAAGAACAAGGAGUGCUCGUCGAGAAUCCGCUCGUCGGGUUCGCCAUCUAUAACGCCGCAUUUGUCGGUAUUUACGCGGCACAUUUUCCGCACAUGGAUGUUGAUGGCGUUCUCGCGCCGGUAUACCGAGGCGACCCGCAAGGCCCAGUUCAAUCCCGCAAGGUUCUGGGUAUCCUUCGCGAGAUGCGGCCGCGCCUGAAGAUGGCAGCUGGCUGGUUCCGCACCCUCAACCGUCUGCAUAGCUACUUCUCCAAGGUCAAGCGCGACUACCGCCGUAACUCGCGGAGAUCAGAUAUGUUGCCGCCAGACGCGCUCGACCCGCACAGCGGCAAUGGCAUUCGCCCCGUGCGUGAAGGUGGAGCUGGUGGAGGUCUAGAAGAGUUCAAGCUUCUUGAGAAGCUGUUCCUCGAGUUUGGAUCCAUCGACGACCAACUUCCUGAUAGUCAGGGUAGCGAAGAGGACGGCGACCGCGCAACAAACAUCAGCGAAACCGGCAGCAAUCAUGUCCGCAGCGACCCUGGCGAUCUUGGUGAAGGCCCGCUCGACGGCGCUGGCGGCCGACGCGAGUCGUGGGUCCCCGUUAACAGCCCCGGCCUACCACUCCCCAGCAUAGACGAGCGCCGGCCAAGCCUUCCACUACCGCCAAGCCGCGCUCUCCAGUCCCAGUCACCCUUCUCACUCCCCUCCCUUCAGCAUCAACAUCAACACCAGCAUCACCCAGACGGCCAAUACAACGGUUCCUCCCCGACUCUUCCCUCUCUCGCUCCAGCAAACGCCUACGGAGGCCUCCCGCCAGGCCCUGGCCCAACAGCAUCAACACCGGCGUCCUCUGCCCGUCUGCAACCCAUCAACUCCUGGCUCAAUUCACGCUCGCAACCCCCGCCAACGUCUUACUCGCAAUCCCUUCCACCUAUUAGCGCUGCUGCACCAACACACCAUCUCCAAAUGCUCCCGCUGCCUGGAUCCGUCGGACACCCGGCUGCAUCUCCCCCUGCCACAAUCGAUGGCCUUGAGAGCUUCAAUACCCUUUGGUCGACUAGUCUUGGCGGCGACGAUGUUCUUGCGUUCCUGGAGGGAAGCAACUAUGCACAGUCUCCUAGUUCUGGUGCGGGCGUCGCGGGAAUGUCUGUACCGUCUGAGGUUGGUAUUCCGACAGGUUGGUUAAGUACGGUCUGGACGGAGUUUGCGCGGUGA